UCACCUGAGAGCCGUCUUGCUGUAGUCCGUGUAUUUACUCGCUGACAGGCGGAUGCUACGGACGUUUUUAUCCACUGGUCCUAGUACAGAUGUAACACUGACAUUCUACGACAAUUGGAGGGAUGUAACAGUUACGUCUUACUUCCUACUGGGUAACAAAAGUGUGUUUGUCCAAAAACAGAUAACACCGGCUUGGAUGUUUAACAUUAAUAAGGAAAGUAAACACUUGUAGCAAGUCAAGUGAAUUGUAUAAGUAUAUAUAAAAUCAGCGUUGUAGUGCUGUGGUUGAAUCAUCAAUCGGAAAUAUUUUGAUGUCUGUGUCAGUUAAUAUGUACUUGAUCUUUGGAUUAAGUGUCCAGUGAGCGUGGCGAUGACUGUUACCCCGCGGAAUAUAGCUGUUGUGUAUUGUGUACAAUUCAGUGUAAACGGAGAGACAUAAAAAGCUAUCUCGUGAUUUUAAUACAGCAUUCUUCGUAAUAUAAUUUUAACACUACUGAUGUAUAUGUUCAUGUAUUGUUGAAAUAAUGUUCAUGCUCUUGAUUAAAUAUAUUAUAUAUUCAGAACAAACGUUUAAUUAAAGUGAAAAACUAAAUGAUUAAUUUAACUGCAAAAUUGAAUAAACCGUGAGCAAUAUGAAUCAGGGUGCGUAUAUUAUAUUUGUACUCGCUAUGCUAAGGCACGGAGUUGUUGAAGGUACCAAUUGUACGAACUCAUGUGAGGAUGUUCCCGAUCUCUGCUCUAAUCAUGGAACAUGUUAUCUAAACACGACAACAUGUCAGCAUGGAUGUUACUGUUCGUCAUCAUUCUCUGGUCAAAGAUGUGAACUAGUCACAGAUGAUAUUACUACUACAACGACGCUUCGACCGUCAUCAGAACGGCAGUGUGUUCUUGGCUUUGAGUGCAUCCAUGGUUACUGUGACAAAGAUGGGCCCAGCUUCAGUUGUGUUUGUGAUUAUGGAUGGGACGGAGCCUUUUGCGAAACAUUUCAAUGUCCCCUGAAUUGCCCGAACAGUGCAGACUGUGUUUUGGGUAACGAUGGAUUCCAAUGUAAGGAGAAAGUGACAACCACUAAACAACCGUUUUCAACACAACGUGCAACUCCAAAUCUUACGACAACUACCAGCUUACCGACUACGACGCUUCGACCGUCAACAGAACGACAGUGUGUUCUUGGCUUUGAGUGCAUCCAUGGUUACUGUGACAAAGAUGGGCCCAACUUCAGUUGUGUGUGUGAUUAUGGAUGGGACGGAGCCUUUUGCGAAACAUUUCAAUGUCCCCUGAAUUGCCCGAACAGUGCAGACUGUGUUUUGGGUAACGAUGGAUUCCAAUGUAAGGAGAAAGUGACAACCACUAAACAACCGUUUUCAACACAACGUGCAACUCCAAAUCUUACGACAACUACCAGCUUACCGACUACGACGCUAAGACCGAUAUCAGAACGGCAAUGUGUUCGUGGCUUUGAGUGCAUCCAUGGUUACUGUAAAAAAGAUGGGUCAGCCUUCUUUUGUUCGUGUGACGAUGGCUGGGAGGGGUUUUUUUGUCACCGCUUUAUAUGUCCGCUGGAUUGCCCAUCUAAUACAGACUGCAUUAUGGUCGGUGACACAUUUAAAUGCAAGACAAAAGAAACCACAACAACACCUUCAACAACACCUUCAAGGGAUACCCCAAGCACACUUAAACCGUCGCCUGUGUCUACCGACAAUUCCAUCGAAGUUCAUGCUUGUUCAGCAAAUUACACAAAACGGCCGUUAUCAGAAAGACAAUGCAUGCCUAACUUCGUUUGUGAAUAUGGUGUAUGUGAAAUGACUGAAGGAGACAUUGGGGCAAUUUUAGAAUGUGUCUGUGAUGAUGGUGGUUCAGGAGGACUGUGCCAAGAUCUUUGUUGCAUGCCGUGCUCAAAAUUUGGCCAUUGUAAAACUCUCUCGAAUGGGACAGAGUUUUGUCAAUGCCAGUUCAACUACGAAGGAGAUUUAUGUGAAAUGAAGGAGAAACUGUCCACCCCAGCGCCCUCUAGUACCGAGGUGGCUCUGUGGCCACUGUGGGUCAGUGCUAUCGUCCUAGUCUGCCUCAUCGUGGCGGCUGUUCUUCUGUUCUUCUGGAUGUGGCGAAACAGGGUUACUAUUGUAAUGAAGAUCGUCCAUUAUUUCCAGGCUUAUGAAGACGAUGAUGAGAAAACAUGGGAUGCAUUCGUUUCGUAUAAAUCUGCAGACAUCGAUCAGAAAUUUGUACUGAAUACAUUGUUUCCUAAACUUGAGAAAGAGCUCGGAUUUACUCUCUGUCUACACCAUCGAGACUUCUUGCCUGGAGAAACGAUUGCCAACAACAUUAUCAACGCCAUCGACAACAGCAGAAGAACCAUUCUGAUCCUGACACCACGCUACGUCACUAGUGAGUUCACUAGGUUUGAAUAUCAAGUAGCCCAACAUGAAAUGCUGAAACGUAAGCACAAGAUCAUCCCGAUACUUCUAGAGGAUAUUGCCGAUGUUAACGACAAUAUGGACCCCAAUCUAAAACAGAUAAUUAAGUCGGUUACCUAUCUUGCGUAUCCCGGCGCAGAUUCUACUGAAAAGAAAAUUGACCAUUUUUGGAAGAAACUUACCCUGUCGAUGCCGAAGAAACGAGCAACUGAAGAAAGACAGAAACAACAAAAGGAAAAGGCUGACGAAAAAGGGAAGAAAAACGUGGAUGUUGUUGAUAAAUAUCAUGAUGAUGUGGAAGGAAAACUUGGUAAGAACGGUCUUGGUAAUCCGGCGUUCGUCACAGAUGUCGUUCUGAGUGUAGAAGAUGAACAGAAAAUUCAUGAAAAUGAAAAAGAACUCAUUGGAAAUCUUAAAGGAAUCAACAUAAUCGAUUGGACACAUCUCUAAAAAUCAUUUAUCUUGAGCAUGUGUCACACAGGGGUGACUUCUUCAAACAUUUACACUUUGUUUAAUACUCAUUUACCAGGAGGUGGUAAUAUAAAAUACCGUUUUCUUCUGCAAAUAUGUAUGUCGCUAAAUACUUGUUUACCGGGAGUGUGUAAACUACGACGGACUCCCAUACUUUCUACAACGUUACAUACGUGUUUUCCUGUAGUAUGAAACACUAAAAUAAACUCUACAACGCUACAUACGUGUUUUCCUGGAGUAUGAAACACUAAAAUAAACUCUACAAUGCUAAAUUCGUGUUUUCCUGGAGUAUGAAACACUAACAUAAACUAUACAAUGCUACAUACGUGUUUUCCUGGAGUAUGAAACACUAAAAUAAACUCUACAAUGCUACAUACGUUUUUUCCUGGAGUAUGAAACACUACAAUAUACUCUACGACGUUACAUACGUGUUUUCCUGGAGAAUGAAACACUACAAUAUACUCUACAACGUUACAUACGUGUUUUCCUGGAGUAUAAAACACUAAAAUAAACUCGACAACGCUAUAUACCUUUUUUACUUGAUGAAGGUUACACACAGUGACCAAACUUCAUCAAACCGUAUAUCGGUAAAUACUCGAUUACCCGGAGAUUGCAACAUACCGAAGAGAUCUCUGCAUCGCUAAGAACUUGGAAUUUAUGACACACAGAAGCAGAUUCAACGAAAUCUACAUCACUGCACACUCGUUUACCAAGAGUAUGUAACAUACAGAACUGACCGUCAGCAGCACAUCGUGCUUAAAUACUCGUUUACUUAAAGACUCCCACAGACACUACCUUUGUAAAUACUCAUCUUGUUGUAUGCUCUAUAUACUGUAUCGAAAUUUGUAUUUCUUUGUCGUCAUUUCAACCUUGGAAAUGUUUAGAAUGAUGAUUUACAUUGGUAUUUUUUAUGAUACUCUGUUUUAAUAUUUCAAGAUCAAUACAUAUUUGUAGAAGUAUUCAUUAUUUCAUUUAAUCAAAUUUUAUUGACAAGAUGUCAUAGUCAAUUGGAUAGAAUAACAGGCAAAGCCUAUAUAUAUUCUCUCCAUCAAAUGGCCAAAGUGGAAUAAACAAUAAGACAUAAUAGUUUAGACAUGUUGGAAAUGAAAAAAUUAACACAAAAUAAUUCACAUUAACACAAGGCUAAGGGGAAGUAACUCAUGAAGGAAACAUUC